AUGAAUCAUGUGGCAAAGUUUUGGCCAUUGUCUGAUGUACAUUUGGGAAGGAACAAUUCCGGCUUGGUGUUCAAUAGCAAGAAAUUGUAUCGCUUAGCAAUUGAAGCAACAACGAGGAACUUCUCCAACAAUCCACGAUGUACGGCUUAUAGAGAAGCCAUCGACGAGCUGCCGUUGGGCAUACGCUUCAACGUGUUAAGUGAAAUGUGUGAUUAUCCCAGCCUAGUGGACGUUCAGUUGAAAAUUCUUUCCGAUCCAAUGCUGAUCAGUGACUUCAUAAAAAACUUCUCCAGUGAUUUAACUCCUUUAGUACAAUGCCUUCAAUGGCUGGAAAGUGUCAAAAAGUCUCUUCCGAUCCAGCUGUUUCGACAAUACAAAAAACUUAUCGACGAGAACAUCCGUACCGGUGGCUUAUCCAGUUUCGACUACAGGUGUGGGUUACGAAUAGGCACGUUCCUAACCGAGACUGGGUGGCUUGUAGAAGCCAUCGGAAUACUGCAGCUUACUCAGCAACAUGCGCAAUUUGGAACGGCAGAAGAGCUCUCUGUACUAAGACAGUUGAUGCGUGCCCAGACUCUUGCUGGAAAACUGAUCAACGCCAACAAAACUUAUGAUCGCAUGAAAAGGAUGCUGGGUAAAGUGGUUCAACAAAGGUUGAUGUUUCAAAAUUUGCCAGAAAAAGAGCGGGAAGUACAGCGUUUGCAAGAUCUACAGGCCGGUGUAUGUCAUGCUUUCUCAUUGUAUCACUUUGAAGAUUUAAACUUGGUCGAUAGUUACGAGUACGGUAUGCAAUCGUUAAGUAUGAUCAGUGCACGAUCACCCAGCCGACUGCUAGUGGAUGUUUUACGACAAAUUGCCCGCGCCUGCACUGGCAGUCAGAGGUAUGAGAAAGCUGCCUGUAUGCUAAAGUUUGCGAUCGGUUUAGUUGCGCAUGAAUAUGGCCGUGGGAGUGGACUGUAUGCGGAAACGCUAGAGGACCUGGCUAUUCUGCUACUUGCCUGCAAUCAGGUCAGUGAAAGUGUCGAUGUGUAUGCAGAUGCUCAACAUAUCUAUAUGCAGCUAUACGGUGCACGCAAUUUGCUACAUUCACUUGCUCAGGGUAAUCUAGCGUAUGGGCUGUAUCUGCAGGCAUACGUUACUGGUCGUCGGGAUCGUGCACUCCAUCAUGUGAUGAAGGCUGUCGAAAAUUAUAAACGCAUCUUACCGCCGGACCAUCGAAUGUUGACUCAGGCUCGGCGACUGAGUGUUACGAUGGAUCUUUUUACUUUUGGAAGUGUUGCUGGAAGUGAUUUGGAUGGGUUCAAUGUAGUGUCAAUUAAUCAUAAGGAAAUUGAAGCGCUAUCCGUAAGAGAUGUUUGGGCACAUUUUCACGAAAUUAAUAAAUCUUAUAACGAUGAGUAA